GCCGCCGCCCCACAGCCCGCCCGGGGCCGCCACUGCUGUUAGCCGCCCCCGCCAGCGCCACCUGGGACCAUGUCCGAGGACCUAGAGUCCAUAUCAGAGGAAGAACGCAGCUUGUUCCGUCCGUUCACCCGCGAGUCGCUGGCCGCCAUCGAGGCGCGUAUCGCCGAGGAAUAUGCCAAGCAGAAGGAGCUCGAAAAGAAGAGAGCUGAGGGAGAAGGGGAUUUUGGACGGAGGAAAAAGAAAAAAGAAGUUCGGUAUGAGGACGAGGACGAAGAUGAAGGGCCACAGCCAGAUCCAACACUGGAGCAGGGUGCACCGCUGCCCGUUCGGCUCCAGGGAGGUUUCCCAGCAGAACUUGCCUCCACCCCUCUUGAGGAUAUUGAUAGUUUCUACCAUAACCAGCGGACAUUCGUAGUGGUUAGUAAAGGAAAGGAUAUUUUCCGAUUCAGUGCAACAGAUGCCUUGUGGAUUCUGGAUCCUUUCAAUCCUAUUCGAAGAGUUGCUAUAUAUAUUUUGGUUCAUCCCUUAUUUUCACUUUUUAUCAUCACAACAAUUUUAACGAACUGCAUCUUCAUGAUCAUGCCUACUACACCAGUAAUAGAAUCAACAGAAGUAAUUUUUACUGGCAUCUACACAUUUGAAUCAGCCGUAAAGGUGAUGGCAAGAGGGUUCAUACUUCAGCCAUUUACGUACCUUAGAGAUGCAUGGAACUGGCUGGACUUCGUAGUAAUAGCUUUAGCUUAUGUUACCAUGGGGAUAGAUCUAGGAAACCUGGCUGCCUUGAGAACUUUCAGGGUCCUUCGAGCUUUGAAGACUGUAGCUAUUGUCCCAGGUUUGAAGACCAUUGUCGGUGCUGUGAUUGAAUCUGUGAAGAAUCUGCGGGAUGUGAUCAUAUUGACCAUGUUCUCUUUAUCUGUGUUUGCCUUAAUGGGCCUCCAGAUUUACAUGGGUGUCCUCACACAAAAAUGUAUAAAAAACUUUCCCAUGGAUGGGUCAUGGGGAAAUCUUACGGAUGAAAACUGGGAGAGAUUUGUGAGCAAUGAAACAAACUGGGUGAAGGAAGGGUAUGAAUUUCGUCUUUGUGGAAACUCAUCAGGAGCAGGGCAGUGUGAAGAAGGAUACACGUGCCUUCAAGGAUAUGGCCCAAAUCCAAAUUAUGGUUACACUAGUUUUGAUACUUUUGGUUGGGCAUUGUUAUCUGCCUUUAGGCUCAUGACUCAAGACUUUUGGGAAAAUCUCUAUCAGUUGAUUCUCCGAUCGGCCGGUCCAUGGCAUAUGUUGUUUUUUAUUGUUAUUAUUUUUUUGGGUUCGUUUUAUCUUGUCAACUUAAUUUUGGCCAUUGUUGCUAUGUCAUAUGAUGAGUUACAAAAGAAGGCAGAAGAGGAAGAAGCAGCAGAGGAAGAAGCUAUCAGGGAAGCAGAAGAGGCAGCCCAAGCAAGAGAAAAUAGGCAGGCAGCACGGGAAGCAGCAAGAGUAUCAGCAGCAGCAGCUCAAGCUGCAGCCAAUGUCGUCAAGUCACCAUCUGAUUUUUCAUGUCACAGCUAUGAGCUCUUUGUAGGUCAAGAGAAAGGCAAUGAUGAUAACAACAAGGAAAAAAUGAGCAUUCGUAGUGAAGGUGGAGAUUCACUUAGUGAACAUCGGGGUCGUACAAUAGGGCCUAAUGGCAAGGUGCGGAAGGUGAGCGCGGAGCUGCAGUGGGGAGACCACAUCGAAGAUGUCAUAGGACGAGCAUACAGAGCACUGCAUAAGGAACACUUGCCAUAUGCGGAUGACUCAAAUGCAGUAACACCAAUGUCGGAAGAAAAUGGUGCUAUAGUGGUUCCUGUCUACUAUGCCAGCAUUGGUUCACGAAAUUCAUCGUAUACCUCACAUGCAUCACGAGUUUCGUAUACAUCUCAUGGUGACCUACUUGGUGGGGUUCCUGUCACAAAGGAGAGCCGACUUCGUGGAAGAAGUCGUAACAAUCCUGCUCCCCCAAACACUGUGCCCUACAUGUCUGCUGCCAUGAACCACAAGCACCCUUUUGAUGCUUCUUUAGACAGUGAAGAUGGACCAGCCAAAAUGAAACAUCAAGACAAUCCAUUUAUAGAGCCUACACAACAACAAACUGUUGUUGAUAUGAAAGAUGUGAUGGUGUUGAACGACAUCAUAGAACAAGCAGCAGGCCGGCAAAGCAGGGCAAGUGAACAUGGAGCUGAUGAUGAUGAUGAUGAAGGUCCUACAGUGAAAGAAAAAAUUCUUGCGUUCUGUAUUCGUUGCAUUGAUAUCUUCUGUGUAUGGGACUGCUGUUGGUUGUGGUUAAAAUUCCAAGAAUAUGUUGCACUCAUAGUGUUUGAUCCUUUUGUUGAACUCUUCAUUACAUUGUGCAUCGUUGUCAACACACUUUUCAUGGCUCUUGAUCAUCAUGACAUGAACAAGGACAUGGAAAAAGCAUUGAAAAGUGGAAAUUAUUUCUUCACAGCAACUUUUGCAAUUGAAGCAACUUUAAAACUAAUUGCCAUGAGUCCAAAAUAUUAUUUUCAAGAAGGCUGGAAUAUUUUUGAUUUUAUUAUUGUGGCUCUGUCUUUAUUGGAACUGGGACUUGAAGGAGUUCAAGGCCUGUCAGUGCUCAGGUCAUUUCGCCUGCUCAGAGUUUUCAAGCUUGCAAAAUCAUGGCCAACUCUGAAUUUGCUAAUUUCUAUAAUGGGUAGAACUGUUGGUGCCUUAGGAAAUUUGACCUUUGUGUUAUGUAUAAUUAUAUUCAUCUUUGCUGUUAUGGGUAUGCAGUUAUUUGGUAAGAACUAUACAGAUUAUGUGGAAAGAUUUCCAGACCAGGAUUUACCCAGAUGGAACUUCACAGACUUCAUGCAUUCCUUCAUGAUUGUAUUUCGUGUACUGUGUGGAGAAUGGAUAGAAUCCAUGUGGGAUUGUAUGCUUGUUGGAGACUGGUCAUGUAUACCCUUCUUUUUGGCCACAGUUGUAAUUGGAAACUUAGUUGUCCUUAACCUUUUCUUGGCGCUGCUACUCAGUAACUUUGGUUCAUCAAACUUGUCAGCUCCAACAGCUGACAAUGACACCAACAAGAUUGCAGAGGCAUUUGAUCGCAUUUCAAGGUUUAUCAACUGGAUGAAACGUAGUAUGCUAAAUUUGGCAAAAUUGAUGAGGGCCAAAUUAACUAACCAGAUUUCCGAUCAGACGCCAGAUGCCCAUGACCGAGAUGCUGAUGCCGAUUAUGUUGGAGAUGAGAUAAUAGCUGAUGGGAUAGUGUACAGAGACAAGAAAUUUCUCAAAGAACAAACUCAAGUGGAAGUUGCAAUUGGUGAUGGGAUGGAAUUCACAAUUCAUGGUGACCUUAAAAAUAAACUGAAGAAGGGCAAACUAAUGAUGAACAAUGCCAAACUGAUUGGGAAUUCUAUCAAGGAGAACCAUCAAGAUAACAGGAUAGAAAAUGAAUACUAUAAGCAAAGAUUAGAAGAAGAUGUCAUAAGUAAUAAAUCCUAUGGCAGUCACAAAAACCGUCCAUUUAAGGAUGACAGCCAUAAAGGUAGUGCUGAGACACUAGAUGGAGAGGAGAAAAAAGAUAUUAGCAAAGAAGAUCUGGAGGAUGAGGGAGAUCUUGAAGAAGAAGGUGAAGGGGAAGAAGGUCUUCUUGAAGAAGAUAUGGCACUCGAAGCUGGCUCAGAAGAUGCAGCAGGGCAAGAAUACCCGUCCGACUGUUUUCCAGAGCCUUGUUAUAAGCGUUUCCCAUUCCUUGCUGGUGACGAUGAUGCACCAUUUUGGCAAGGUUGGGCAAACCUUCGUUUGAAGACCUUCCAGCUAAUUGAGAACAAAUAUUUUGAGACAGCUGUCAUCACUAUGAUUCUGCUCAGCAGUCUGGCAUUGGCAUUGGAAGAUGUCCAUUUACAACAGAGGCCCAUUCUUCAAGAUAUUUUGUACUAUAUGGAUCGAAUAUUCACUGUUAUUUUCUUCCUUGAGAUGUUAAUUAAAUGGCUGGCCUUGGGUUUUAGAAAGUAUUUUACAAAUGCCUGGUGCUGGCUAGAUUUCAUCAUUGUGAUGGUCUCGCUCAUAAACUUCGUAGCAUCCUUGUGUGGGGCAGGAGGCAUACAAGCCUUCAAAACUAUGAGGACUCUCAGGGCCCUUAGGCCUCUUAGAGCUAUGUCUAGAAUGCAGGGGAUGAGGGUUGUCGUCAAUGCUCUUGUGCAAGCUAUUCCCAGCAUCUUUAAUGUGUUAUUGGUUUGUUUGAUAUUCUGGCUCAUUUUUGCUAUUAUGGGAGUACAGCUGUUUGCUGGAAAAUACUUCAAGUGUCAAGACUCCAACGACACUACAUUAAGUCAUGAAAUUAUCCCAGACAAGAACUCUUGUUUGGCAGAAAAUUACACUUGGGUGAAUUCACCGAUGAAUUUUGAUCAUGUUGGAAAAGCCUACUUAUGCCUCUUUCAAGUUGCAACAUUCAAAGGAUGGAUACAGAUCAUGAAUGAUGCUAUAGAUUCAAGAGAGGUGGACAAGCAGCCAAUCCGAGAAACCAACAUUUAUAUGUACCUGUAUUUUGUAUUCUUCAUUAUCUUUGGAUCAUUUUUCACUCUUAAUCUGUUCAUUGGAGUGAUUAUUGACAACUUUAAUGAACAGAAGAAAAAGGCAGGUGGCUCUUUGGAAUUGUUCAUGACUGAGGAUCAGAAGAAGUACUAUAAUGCUAUGAAGAAAAUGGGCUCAAAGAAACCCCUAAAGGCUAUACCACGUCCAAGGUGGAAGCCCCAAGCAAUUGUAUUUGAAAUUGUGACCAAUAAAAAGUUCGACAUGAUAAUCAUGUUGUUCAUUGGCUUAAAUAUGCUGACGAUGACGCUAGAUCACUAUCAGCAAACAGAAACCUUCAGUCAAGUUUUAGACUACCUCAAUAUGAUCUUCAUAGUCAUUUUUAGUUCAGAAUGCCUUAUGAAAAUAUUUGCCCUUCGAUAUCACUACUUCAAAGAACCAUGGAAUCUCUUUGAUUUUGUAGUUGUGAUUUUGUCUAUACUAGGUCUGGUGCUCAGUGAUAUUAUUGAGAAGUACUUUGUGUCACCAACUCUUCUGAGGGUCGUUCGAGUAGCAAAAGUGGGCAGAGUGCUCCGUCUAGUUAAAGGUGCUAAAGGCAUCAGAACUCUUUUGUUUGCAUUGGCGAUGUCAUUGCCAGCACUGUUUAACAUCUGUCUGCUACUCUUCCUAGUGAUGUUCAUCUUUGCCAUUUUUGGUAUGUCAUUCUUUAUGAAUGUGAAGGAGAAGAGUGGGAUUGAUGAUGUCUAUAACUUCAAAACUUUUGGACAGUCAAUGAUCCUACUUUUCCAGAUGUCAACAUCUGCUGGAUGGGAUGGUGUACUAGAUGGAAUUAUUAAUGAGGAAAACUGCAACAAGCCCAACAGUGAAAUUGGCUAUCCUGGAAAUUGUGGUUCGGCUACUGUAGGCAUUGCUUUUCUCCUGUCAUACCUUGUAAUUAGUUUCCUCAUCGUCAUCAACAUGUACAUAGCAGUCAUCUUAGAAAAUUACUCACAGGCAACAGAAGACGUCCAGGAAGGUCUCACAGAUGAUGACUAUGACAUGUACUAUGAAAUAUGGCAGCAAUUUGACCCCAAUGGUACACAGUAUAUCCGUUAUGAUCAGUUGUCUGAUCUCUUUGAUGUGCUGGAGCCACCAUUGCAGAUCCACAAGCCAAAUAAGUACAAGAUAGUGUCAAUGGACAUACCAAUCUGCAAAGGGGACCUAAUGUACUGCGUAGAUAUUUUGGACGCACUCACAAAGGACUUCUUUGCGCGGAAAGGGAACCCAAUUGAUGAGACUGCAGAGCUGGUUGAGGUUAAAGUGGGACAGCCAGGUUACGAGCAUGUUUCAUCGACAUUGUGGCGUCAGCGAGAAGAGUACUGUGCGCGCCUCAUCCAGAAUGCAUGGCGGAAGCACAAACAGCAGCGGCUUGGUGGGCCCAGUGAUGAGUCAGACGCCGUGCCCUGCGAUGGCGACAUCGACGCAGAUGGUAGCGACGAUCGUCGACAGACAGCCGUGCUUGUCGAGAGCGACGGCUUCGUCACCAAGAACGGCCACCGUGUCGUCAUCCAUUCGCGCUCGCCCAGCGUGACGUCGCGGUCAACGGACGUGUGAGCACGGC